CCGUUCCGGAUUUGCAGCGUGGCUCCCCGCCCCGGCUGGGCUCGGGCUGGCCCCGCGGCGCCUGUCAGCGGAAGGGAAGGGAAGGGAGGCACCCCGGGGACAGAGCGCGGCGCGAUGGAGGCGCUGCUGGCCCUGGCCAACUGGAGCACGCUGCUCGUGUGCAUGGUGAUCAAGCUGCCGCAGGUGGUGGCCGUGCUGGCUGCCCGCUCGGCGCGCGGCGUCAGCCUGGAGAGCCUGGUGCUGGAGCUGAGCGGCUUCCUUGUGUUUCUAAGAUACCAGAGUUACUACAGUUAUCCCCCAGAGACUUACCUGGAGUACCCCAUCCUCAUUGCACAAGAUGUCAUUCUCCUGCUCUUUGUUCUGCAUUACAGUGGCCACAUGAAGCAAGCUUUGCCUUACAUAGUCAUAUUUGUGGGAGGAUGGUACUUUCUAACUCUGCAGAAAUGGAUAAUAGACCUGGCCAUGAAUUUGUGUACGUUAAUCAGUGCAGCAAGUAAAUUUGCUCAGCUGCGGUGUCUGUGGCAGACAAGAGAUUCCGGACAAGUGAGUGCCCUGACCUGGAGUAUGUCUGCAUACACAUGUGCAACAAGAAUAGUUACAACUAUAAUGACCACAAAUGAUCUUAUGGUUCUAGUCCGUUUCAUAAUCAUGCUGGUUCUUAAUAUAUGGGUCACAGCCACAAUAUUGCGUUACCGGAAGACUGAAAAGACUGAUUAGAUGACCGCUUCUCUCCAGCUGCAACAUAUGUCAAACAGUUUGGACCAAAAAAUACAGUGAAGCCUGAACAAGAGACCUCCAUGUCCAGGCAGCCUUCUGUAUGCCACCUGCCUCAUAUUAUCCCUUAAAAGAUUAAGUACAACGUUGCUUAGGUUUUAUUACAAUUAAUACUACUUAACAAAGCAUAUUUUAUUAGAAGUAAACUUUAUUGGUCAUUUAAGACAGGUUUCAGAGGUACCUAACAUUUUCUCUGUUUUCUUUUUUUCUUCAUAUUUUGCUCUAUGUAGAUUCCUCUGUUUUUUAUUCCUGGGGGAAUUCUGUGCCUAAAAAUUCUGUGCACAAUAUUUUAAAAUUCUGCAUAUUUUAUUUGUUAAAAUAACACUAUAUAAGCAUG